UGAAUGCGGGGUCUUGGGAGAGCGGAUAUAUUGAAUGCGGGGGUCCGGGGAGAGCGGAUUAGUGAAUGCGGGGGUCCAGGUGGGGAGACCAGAUUUAGUGAAUGCGGGGGUCAGGGAGAGCGGAUAUAGUGAAUGCAGGGUCGGGGACACCAGAUUUAGUGAAUGCACGGGUGUGGGAGGAGCAGAUAUAGUGAAUGCGGGUCUGGGGAGAGCGGAUAUAGUGAAUUCGGGGUCCAGGGGAGACCAGAUAAUAGUGAAUGCAGGGGUCCGGGGAGAGCGGAUAUAGUGAAUGCAGGGUCCGGGGAGAGCGGAUAUAGUGAUAUGCAAGGGGUCCAGAGAGAGUGGAUAUAGUGAAUUCAGGGUCCGGGAGAACCAGAUAUAGUGAAUGCAGGGUUCCGGGGAGAUCGGAUAUAGUGAAUGCAGGGUUCUGGGAGA